UGACCAUCACAUGAGCAGCAAAUUUUGAUUUUUCCUACAUACAGGGCAAAAUGAAGCACGGCCGUAAUAUGGAGCUUCCGGAGGAUUUCUGGAUCCCCAUCCCUCUGGAUACCGACAACAUAACAUCUCUCAGCCCCUUCCUGGUCCCCCAGGACCAUCUAUCAAACUCAGGCACCUUCUAUGCAAUGGCUGUAUACAUGUUUUUUAUAUUUACUGUGGGUACUGCCAUCAAUGUCCUUACAAUUGCAUGCACCAUCCAGUACAAGAAGCUCCGGUCCCACCUCAACUACAUCCUGGUGAACUUGGCCGUGGCAAACCUUCUCGUGUCCUGUGUGGGUUCCUUCACUGCCAUGUGCAAUUUUUCAACCAGAUAUUUUGUCUUUGGACCUCUGGCAUGCAAGAUUGAAGGUUUCAUGGUUACACUUGGCGGCAUGGUUAGCCUGUGGUCUCUAGCUGUGGUAGCUUUUGAAAGAUGGCUGGUCAUCUGCAAGCCACUUGGUACCUUUAUUUUCAAGCCUGACCACGCUUUAGCUUGCUGUGCAUUCACCUGGGUGAUUGCAUUGAUUGCCUCAGGUCCUCCACUUGUAGGAUGGAGCAGGUACAUCCCAGAAGGCCUGCAGUGCUCCUGUGGUCCAGAUUGGUACACCACAAACAACAAAUACAACAAUGAAUCUUAUGUUAUGUUCCUUUUCUGCUUCUGCUUUGCUGUUCCCCUUACAGUCAUUAUCUUCUGCUAUGCUCAGCUCCUCAUUACGUUGAAAAUGGCAGCAAAGGCCCAGGCUGAGUCUGCCUCCACCCAGAAAGCAGAGAGGGAGGUGACCAGGAUGGUGGUCGUCAUGGUGCUGGGCUUCCUGGUGUGCUGGUUGCCUUACACCACUUUUGCUCUUUGGGUUGUGAAUAACCGUGGGCAACCAUUCGACCUGAGAUUUGCUUCAGUACCAUCCGUCUUUUCUAAGUCCUCUGCCGUCUACAACCCAGUUAUUUAUGUUCUCCUCAACAAACAGUUCCGUUCUUGCAUGAUGAAGAUGCUGGGGAUGGGUGGAGGUGAGGAUGAAGAGUCGUCGACCCAGUCAGUGACCGAAGUCUCCAAAGUCGGGCCUGCUUAG